GGAAGCUCCACGUCUACCGAAGCCACGGAAGCUGAUGCAGCGAAGAGGAGCGCAGGGGAUCCGGAUACUCUGAAGUCAGUCGCCGGUGCCUGAAAUCAUGCCUCUCCGACUAGACAUCAAGCGGAAGCUGACGGCCCGCUCGGACCGCGUGAAAAGCGUGGACCUGCAUCCCACUGAGCCAUGGAUGCUGGCCAGUCUCUACAAUGGCAGCGUGUGUGUGUGGAACCAUGAGACACAGACACUGGUGAAAACAUUUGAAGUGUGCGAUCUCCCCGUGAGGGCCUCCAAGUUUGUAGCGAGGAAGAACUGGGUCAUCACAGGAGCAGACGACAUGCAGAUCCGCGUGUUCAACUACAACACGCUGGAACGUGUGCAUAUGUUCGAGGCCCAUUCCGACUACAUUCGCUGCAUUGCUGUGCACCCGACGCAGCCCUUCAUUCUUACAAGCAGUGAUGACAUGCUCAUCAAGCUGUGGGACUGGGACAAAAAGUGGUCCUGCAGCCAAGUUUUUGAGGGCCAUACCCACUACGUGAUGCAGAUAGUGAUCAACCCCAAGGACAACAACCAGUUUGCUAGCGCCUCUCUCGACAGAACCAUCAAGGUCUGGCAGCUUGGCUCAUCUUCGCCCAACUUCACCCUGGAGGGUCAUGAGAAGGGUGUCAACUGCAUUGACUACUACAGCGGGGGAGACAAGCCGUACCUCAUUUCUGGUGCGGACGACCGACUGGUGAAGAUCUGGGACUACCAGAAUAAGACAUGUGUCCAAACAUUGGAGGGACACGCCCAGAAUGUGUCCUGUGUGAGCUUCCACCCAGAACUGCCUAUCAUUAUCACCGGCUCAGAGGACGGCACCGUGCGGAUCUGGCACUCAAGCACGUACCGCCUGGAGAGCACGCUCAACUAUGGCAUGGAGCGAGCGUGGUGUGUGGCGGGUCUGCGCGGCUCCAACAGCGUGGCACUCGGCUACGACGAGGGCAGCAUCAUCAUCAAGCUUGGCCGCGAGGAGCCGGCCAUGUCCAUGGACGCCAACGGGAAGAUCAUCUGGGCAAAGCAUUCAGAGGUGCAGCAGGCCAACCUGAAGGCCAUGGGUGAUGCCGAGAUCAAAGACGGGGAGCGCUUGCCCCUGGCAGUCAAAGACAUGGGCAGCUGCGAGAUCUACCCUCAGACUAUCCAGCACAACCCCAACGGCAGGUUUGUGGUGGUGUGUGGAGACGGAGAGUAUAUCAUCUACACGGCCAUGGCGCUGAGGAACAAGAGCUUUGGCUCCGCACAGGAGUUUGUCUGGGCCCACGACUCCUCUGAGUACGCCAUCCGGGAGAGCAAUAGCGUGGUGAAAAUUUUCAAGAACUUUAAAGAGAAGAAGUCCUUCAAACCAGAGUUUGGGGCAGAAGGUAUCUACGGCGGGUUCUUGCUGGGUGUGAGGUCCGUGAACGGUUUGGCCUUUUACGACUGGGAGAACACAGAGCUGAUCCGACGUAUCGAGAUUCAGCCCAAACAUAUAUUCUGGUCGGACUCAGGCGAGCUGGUGUGCAUUGCCACUGAGGAGUCCUUUUUCAUCCUGCGGUAUCUGUCAGAUAAGGUAGCAGCAGCGCAGGAGUCCAACGAGGGUGUGACAGAGGAUGGCAUCGAGGACGCCUUUGAGGUCCAGGGCGAGAUCCAGGAGAUUGUGAAGACAGGCCUCUGGGUAGGAGACUGCUUCAUAUACACCAGCUCCGUCAACAGACUCAACUACUUCGUAGGUGGAGAGAUCGUUACCAUCGCUCACCUCGACAGGACCAUGUACCUGCUGGGCUACAUCCCAAAGGAUGAUCGUCUCUACCUGGGAGACAAGGAGCUGAACAUCGUCAGCUACUCGUUGCUGGUUUCCGUCCUGGAGUACCAGACAGCCGUCAUGCGCAGGGACUUCAGCAUGGCCGACAAGGUGCUGCCCACUAUCCCCAAGGAGCAGAGGACUCGAGUUGCCCACUUCCUGGAAAAGCAGGGCUUCAAGCAGCAAGCGCUGGCGGUCUCAACGGACCCCGAGCACCGCUUCGAACUGGCGUUGCAGCUUGGGGAGCUCAAAAUUGCCUACCAGCUGGCUGUGGAAGCAGAGUCGGAGCAGAAGUGGAAGCAGCUGGCGGAGCUGGCCGUCGCGCGGUGCCAGUUUGGCCUGGCACAAGAGUGUCUCCACCACGCCCAGGACUACGGAGGACUCCUCCUGCUGGCCACUGCCUCCGGCAACGCUGGCAUGGUGAGCCGCUUGGCUGAGGGCGCCGAGCGCGACGGCAAGAAUAAUGUGGCCUUCAUGACCUACUUCCUGCAGGGAAAGCUGGAUUGCUGCCUCGAGCUCCUGAUCCGCACCAACCGCCUGCCGGAGGCGGCUUUCCUGGCCCGCACCUACCUGCCCAGCCAGGUGUCCAGGGUGGUGAAGCUGUGGAGGGAGAGUCUGUCCAAAGUGAACCAGAAGGCGGCCGAGUCUCUGGCGGACCCCACGGAGUACGAGAACCUGUUUCCUGGCCUGAGGGAGUCCUUCCUGGCUGAGCAGUACCUCAAGGAGACCACUGGGAAGUUGAGGCCGGCCAGAGACUACCCCCUCGUCAUGCCCAAUGAGGACAGGAAUGUGCUGGAGGAGGCCAAGGACUACGAGCCCAAAGGAGUCCCUGAGACCACAGAGGAAGUGGCGGAGGUCAAUAAGGAGGCUCAGCCGGCCGCAGCAUUUUUUGAGGCAGCUGCGGCUGUCGUUUCGGUUGUGGCGACUGCCUCGGGAGUGGGCAGAGACAAGGAAGAGGGCAGGGAGGACAAAGCUGCACCACCAGCUCAACAGUCUUCACCCGAAGACAAAAGCACAGAGGCGGACCUUGACGAUCUGGACGAAGAUCUGGACAACCUUGAUUUGGAGGAUGUCGACACGGCGGAUGUCAACCUAGACGAUGAUUUCCUAGACGACUAAAAUGCUGCAAAAUUGUAGAGACCAAGCUCAUUAUUUCUUAUUAUUUCUGGAAUAAGGAUGAGAAGGGUGUCCUGUGAGGGUUGUCUGCAGUAGCAGAAGAGGAAACACUUGUGGCGUUCUUUCGAAGUUUUGUACUUUAUUCAAAAAUCCUGGCAUUCAGAAUUAACUAUUGUCUUUGAAGGUAAAUGUUCUGUCUGUUAUUGUUUAUCUCAAUAAAUCAGUUCUGUUGCUGAAAAUCUACCU